GUUGACUAAAAACAGCCAGCAGGUUUUUACUAUGUUUGUUAGCUUUAGCUUCAUCAUAGCGGUCUUACCCAAACAACAGGGAUGGGAAAGAUGCCUGUCGUGAUCCUCCAGCAGCAGCUGCUCAGUGGCAGGCAGUGACUGUGCUGCCGUACACAAUGAAGAAGCUAUUUAGCUUUCCAAAGAAAAAGAAACAUUCCUCGAGUACUCCUGAUAGUGGAAGUGUACUGUCUGCCAGCUAUGAACUUAAAGAGAAGGACCUUGGCAAGGUUCACAAAGCUGCUUUAGCUGGUGACUUGGCUAAAUUGAAACAACUUGCAAAAAAGAAUGAUGUCAACCAGCUGGACAAGGAGAACAGAAGUGCUCUUCACAUUGCCUGUGCCUGUGGACAUGUUGAGGUGGUUCAGUUUCUCGUUGAUAGCAAAGCCAAGCUUAACCUCUGUGACAAUCAAAAUAGAUCUGCCUUAAUGAAGGCAGUCCAGGUGCAGAAUGAACGCUGUGUCAGCAUACUGCUGGAGAAUCAUGCUGACCCAAAGCUGGUGGACAUCAAUGGCAACACUGCCUUACAUUUGGCAGCAAACAUCCCAUCCAUCUCCACUGCCGUGUUACUCCUGGAGUAUGAUGCUGACAUCAAUGCUUCAAACAAGGAGUGCUUUACACCCUUGACUGUGGCUGUCCGUGAGAACCAUUAUGAGAUGGCAGAAUUUCUCCUCAAAGAGGGUGCUGAUGUAAAUUUUAUUGACCAGGAGCAAAGGUCUCUAUUAAUGAUAGCUGCUGGCAGUGGACAAAUCAAUAUGUUGCGCCUGCUGCUGCAGUUUGAUGCAGACAGCACAUUGAAGGAUUCCAAAGGAUGGUCGGCUGAUAACUACGCAGAUAUGAAUGGGCACCAUGCGUGUUCUGUCCUUAUCAUUGACCAUGGUAGGCAGAGGACUGAUGUGCCCUCCCUGUUACACCAAGGUCCAAGCAGUAACAUAAAAAAAAAUGUACUGAGUGGUCCUUCCUGUCAUGUUGAAGCAGGUUUCUCCUUGGGGGGACCAGCCACUGACAAACCUGGAAAUGGAGCAAGUGAAGCGGGGAAAGAUUUGGAGGACAGUUCCCAGUCCGAGUCCCUAAGUCGGGUUUCAAAAAGCCUUGGGGAUGAUUGGUCUUCAUCGGAAGAGGAUGAUGAAUCUGUUUUAAACCAAAAGAAACUACCAAAGUUAAACCUCAGGGAAAUGAUUGCAUUUAAGAAGAGAGGAGCAUCCAGAAAACCUGACAAAUCCUUGAGUGAUACAGAAUCUGACAUUGAGAGUGAGAAUAGAGUCCAAAGAAACCCAUCUUUCCUAAAGCCUGUAGCAUCCAACACCAACAAUGCUCUGCAGGGCUCAGUAGAUCCCUCUCCUAGCUCAUUUUUAAAGCAACACCAGACAACAUCUUCCCCUCUUCCAGUCGACAGAAAGAAAAAUCCCACUGAGGACAGGGAUGAAAGUGACAAAGAGGAGGCGGGUGAUAAGGUGGAAACUGAAAUCUUGGAUGAAAAUCGUCAAACUGAAGAGGAAGGUGACUCCCCUGAUGCCAAUUCAGCUAUUGCUGAGAAAGAAAUCCCCAAAAAUAUGGAAAGGGAUUUCCUUUCUGAGUUGGGUCUAGAGAAGGGAGAGGAAGAGCAGGAUUCAUGGGACUCUGAGUCCCCAUCUGAAAACUCCAGUAAUGUGCAUGGCAGAAAUCAAAGCAUACAUGCAGAGAGUCAAGAAAAGAUGUCCAGUGUUGAAGAUGUGGUCAAAGAAGACUUGUUUUAUGUUCCCUCUUUUAUAAGAGGAGAUGGAGGAAAUAGGAUGGCAGUUCUAGAGCUUCGAAGGAGUGUAGGCAGAACAAGAGGGAGCCAGGGAGUCGUAGCAAAUAAAGCAAGUGGUGAGCAUGUAGAUGAAGACGAUACUGUCUACACAGAGAUGAAGAAGCCAAAAUGGGACCCACUCAGUGUUUUGAACAAAUGUGAUGGAGAUACUGACCGAAAGAUAGAUGUAAUGGAAGAGCUUGUUCUGUGUGACGCUGAUAACCACGAAGAGCCAUCAGACUGGGAUUCAGCUAGUACUGCCAGUAAGAAGAGCCUUCCUGACUGUAGAAUGGCCUCCCCUGAAUUUGAGGAGUUUCCACAGUGCCCCAGUCCAUUUGUUGAGAAGCAGAAGCAAGACAUUUCUGCAACAGCACCCCUUCCAUCCCAGAGGACCAUCAACUCUGAAAAAAUUCUGCCUAGUGCAUCCCACUUGAAGCCUCAUCCCCAGCCUUAUGCAAGGAAGCUGGUUCUUCAGAAAUCAGAGGGUGAAGAAGAAUCAGAUUUGGAACCAGACAGUUUAACAUCAGCAUUUGGUGCAGCCAAAACUGACAGUCAGCUGCAGACUGUAGCUGAUCCUCCUGCAGUAGUUAAACCAGGUUCUCCUGUUGUGUCAGCAGUGGCAAAAGAAGAUAAAAGCGAUGUUGGGUCUGUUGAGCAGCAUCCAGAGGAGAAAGUUAGUGCAGUAGAAACUGAUGAUUUAGACUUAAAUAGCCCGUGUGCUGCUGACUCUGGACAAAAAGUGGAUGAUAUGAAUGAUCAGUGCAGUCCCAGGGAAAGAGGUGACUCAGAAGCUGCUGUCCCCUGGGAGAAACGAUAUGAGAAGCUCUGGGUGGAGGUGGAGAAAAGGGAGGUGAAAUAAUUUAGGAAUGUUGCUGGUGAAUUGAAAGAGAAGUUUGGAGAACUUUUUAAACCAGACAUAAAUACUGCAGAAGACCCAGAAGAAGGACAGCCCAUAGCUGAAUCUGUUUCUGCAGAAGAAGCACUAAGUGAUGACGAAGAUGAGGAAGUAAUUGUACGCCCAUCAGCCAGAGCAAGGAGUGUGUCACUCGUCACCAUACCAGAGCAGAGGGAGUCUGGACUGGAAGACUCAGUGACAGAGUCCAAUGACAGCUCCCAGUGUGAGGACAUAAUGCAAGUCUGUGAACCACCAUCUCAUGAGAGCGAUGCCUUUCGAGACUCAGAUCAACCCUGUAAUGAAGUUCAAGAGGAGUGCAGGUCAUCAUCACCACAAGGAUUCACUAGUGCACAGAGAGACAGCAACACAGAUCAUGCUGCCACAGAAUUUGAUGAUGGCCAUUCAGUACUCAGGCCUGAUGCUGACAGUUCAUUCUUUAAAGCCGAGACCAGAUGUGGGUUAUCUCAGCAACCCCAGUUGACAGUUUUCUCACAAAACCACAUCACCACCAGUCAAGAUGAAGCUGAGAAGGGCUGUGAAACUUCAGACGCUCCUGCAGAGUUGACUACAUCCCAGCCUCCACCCCUAAGCACAUGUUCAGCAACCAUACCACGUGUGUCUGAUGAAGAGUUGGAAGAGGACAUGGAAAGGUUUAAACAUGAGGUAGGGAUGCUCAAGGUUGUGUUCCUGGAUUUGGAGAAGGAAAAGGCCCAACUGCAAAAACAGACUGGCGGAGAAACGACAAAGACAGCAGUUGAGUUACAGAAAUCUGUUGACUCUUCAAGUACUGUGGAUAAAGAAUCAGAAGGAGUGGCUAUGGAGAAACCCGAGACCAAAUUAGGAUGGCAAAAAGAGCAGUCAGCUCACAGUAACACAACUGUAAUGGAAGAGCGGCCAGCAGCUAUUCACAGUGUUAUCCAAAGAGACAAGAGCACCGAUGGGGUACCAAUUCAGUUGCCACUCCCACUCAAACAGACCUGCAAAAGCAUGAGGAAAGAAGGUCAAGGAAUAGCUAUAGAAGACACCCUGCAGCUGCAGCUGGGCAGAGGCACCCAGGGUAGCAGAGCCUCUAAGGCCAACGCCCAUGUUAAUGGAACUUCUCUCUCUGUAUUUGAUGAUAGCACUUUAAGUGAUAUGUCGGACGAUGAAGGAAGGUUGCCAUGUGGAGAUCAGCAAAAAAAUGAGAACCCUGGAGAAAUGGAGAUGACAGAAGAUUUAGAUGAGCUCACUCAGUCAUCGGACACAGCCACGGAUGAUAUGGACUCUCCCACAUCAGGCUAUCGUCAUGCUUCUCUCCUCAUUCAGAACCUGGACUCUGCCACCUUAGACUCUAGAACCAUGGUGAAGCUGCAGAACAUUUUCCAUGAAUAUGAGCGCUCCAUCCAAAAGGCAAGGAGCCGACAUGGCUAUUUGACAGACAAGGUGAGCCAGCUGGAGCUGGAGAGGGCUGAGAUGAAGGGCUCCUUGGAGGAAGUUAAAGAUUUGAAGUCUGCCUUGGAAAGAACACAACUGGAGUUGCACACUGAAAUCACAAACUUCAAGUUUCAGCUGAAACAAGAGCAGGAAAACCGGCGCAAUGCAACAAUGAUGUACAACACCACAAAGGAUAAGCUGAGGAGGGCAGAGGAGCAGCAGCAAUUGGAGUUUCAGGAGAGACAGAAGGUGGAGCUCACAUUCAGGAACCUCGAGUUGGAGAUGAGAACAUUAGUCAACAACAUGAAACAGCUUGAGGAGGAUCACAGUGAAACCCAAAGACUGCUGGCUCAGGAGCGCAGUGCACGAACCCUGCAGGAAAACCUGCUCAAUAAUCAUCUCCGUAAGCAGCAGGAGAUAGAAGUGGAAAACAAGAGAAACUUAAGCAAAAGUCAUGAGGCCUUGUCUCAGCUCACUGAGGCCAGUGACAGGGAGAAGGAGUUGCUCCAGCAGAACGCUACAUUGCAGGAGCAACUGAGCAUCCUGAAAUUAGAUCUUGAACGUUCACAGGCUAACAGUGACCUCAAAGAGAGCCACCUUGUGGAGGAGAAUGAGGCCCUGAAAGAACAGCUAGAAGAUGUCCGCAGAGAUCUGAAACUCAAUGACAGAGCCCAUGCUGAAACCAUCUUCAACUGCAAUAACCAGCUGACCACCUUCAAGUCCGAGCUGGCAAAAGCAACAGCUGGACUGGAGAAUGAAAAACAGACUCGAGAGACACUUGAUUCAGAGGUGCAGUCAUCUCGUAGCCGGCUGGCUGUGGCGCUGCAGGAGGUUGAGCGACACUUAGCAGCCCAAGCAGACACAGAGAAACGUUUGCUCAGGGAAAAGGAUGAGCAUCAACGACUUAAAGACAGAUUUACAGCUGAAGCAGCCAGCCAGCGUGAGGCAGUCAACAGUCUGUCCCAGAAGCUGACCAAAGCAGAGGCACAUGCAAACAGCAUGGAGAACGAGGUUCACCGUGUCACACUGCAGCUGACGGAGAAAGGCCUGCUGCUGGAGGUCCUGCAGCGGGAGAAGGAGCAGGCAGCAGCCAGAGCCAAAGAGCUUGAAGCAGCUCUGCAGGCCGAGAGGGAGCUAGUAUGUCGGUCUGGAGCACGCCAAGAGGCCGCUCAGGAGCGGCUAGCCCAAGCCCAGAGUGAGACCAUGUUACUACGACAACAACUUCAGGAGACGCAAAACAAGGGUGUUGCAAAGGAGCGUGCUGUGACAGAUGCCCAGGAGCGCUUCAGUGACAUUCUGUCCAAGCUGCGUUCUGACUGUGAGGAGAGGGUACAACUGGUGCAGGAGAGAAGUAAAGAGCUCGCGAGUAAAGCAGCUGAUCUUCGGGAACAGGUUUACAAGUUAGAGGAGGAGAAGAAUGAAAGAGAGACUAGCCUAAGGCAGAUGCAACAAGAACUAGCUGAUUCUUUGAAGAAGCUGUCAAUGAGUGAAGCUUCCCUGGAGGUUAAUACACACUAUCGUAAUGAUCUGGAGGAAGAGAAGGUCCGACUCUUCAAAGACUUGGAGAGACUGAGACGGAAGCUGGAGGAAAGUGAGGACCAGUAUGUGGAGGCUGAGAGGCGUAUUAAGGCUUUGAAGAGUGCUGUGGAUGAAAAGGAAAAUCAGCUCACCACGAAUGCCCAAAAACUCCAGGAGGCACUGUCAGCCGCAGCAAUAUCAAAUGUCACUAGCAAACAGCUGGAAGAAGCUGUGCAGAGGCUGGAGAUAGAGAAUGCCAGGCUGGAGGCUGCUGCAAAGCAACAAUCCAACCAAAUUGAUGCUCUUCAGAAAGCUGGCCAGGAGUCUGCUGCGCUGCCUGAAUGUUCACCUGGAGGAGGGGCCAGAAAUCAUUUGGAGGGCUUGGUUACAAGCCUCCAAAGCAGUAAGAUGAGUCUGGAAGACCAACUCAGUCAAGAGGUCCAGAAGCAAGGUAUGUUUAACACAACCCAGGAUUCCAAGGCCUUGUGGGAGGAGGAGCUUAAGUGUCGCUCUAAACUUGGGUUGAGGAUGGCAGAACUUGAAAAGGAGAAAGGAGAGCUCAGUAACCAGAUGGAAGUGGAAAAGAAGAAAGUGAAGAAAAUAGCAGAACAGAAGAAGGCUGUAGACACACGACUGGAUCAGGAGAUGAAGAGAAACACAGAGCUUCAAAAAGAGAUGUACAGGUUGCGUACUCUGCUGAAGACUGCAAAGAAGAAACUGCGGGAUCCGGACACUGGUGGAGGAGAGCUUGGCUCUGCUAUGAGCAGGGAAAAAAUGGAGUUCAAUAGAUAUAACCAUGAUGACGGUGCUUUUGGACGAAUGAGAGAAAAGGUCGGUGAUAUCCAGGUGCAGCUGGAGAAGGAGGCAUCACGUUGCAGCCAUUUAGAGAAGGUGAAUGAGGAGCUUCAAGAUGAGCUGGCUUCUCUGAAGAGCUUAAAGCACAGUAAUGACCAGUUGGAAAAGAGUAAAAGAAAGUUGGAGGAGGAGGUCUUAGAUCUAAGACGACAUGUGGAGGCUGCUCAAAUGGAGCAGAGACAAGCAGAGCAGUACUGCCUUGAUGUAAAGGAGAGGGCUCGCCAGGAGAUACAGCAGAAACUGGAGCAGGUUAAUCUCUUCCUGCAGUCCCAGGCAGCAUCUCAAGAAGCAUUGGAUCAAAUUAAAGCAGCCAAUGAGGCCACUCUGCGUUCUCAGCUGGAACAAAAGCUCAGAGAGCUCGACGGGGAGUUGGGCAGGGCCCGGACCACCCACCAGGAAAUCCUCAAUCAAAAAGACUCCACUCGUACUGAGUUAGAACAAUACCGUCAACUCUAUGCUGAGGAGGUGCGUCUCCGCAAGUCCAUGGCUACCAAACUGGAGAGGGCAAAUGCUCGACUCGCAGAUGCCAAUUCCAAGUUGCUUGACGAGCGCAGCAAAUCUGUAAUUGCCAACAGUAGCUUGCGAGGGUCCUUAUUGGAUGGGGGCUCCUUCAGCUCAAUUGCAAACUCCGGGGCCAUACUGGGACAUCCCAACAGGAGCAUUGGACUGUCUCUCCUAAGCCCUGUCAGUGCAGGGCAGAGCAGCAGAGUGGAGGACUAUCUGGCUGAGAUGCAGAAAGAACUGGAUCGAAAUGUAUCGAAGGAGUUGAACCGUGCCACAGCAGAGCUGGACGCUGGUUCCACCCGUUUGUCUCCAGUGGGUUCAGCGUCAAGAACAGAGCUUGACCCAAUCAGCAGAGCAACUCAACAGUACUUGGAGGUGUUAAAGAAGAACAAAAUGAUUUGAACACAUCCCAGCUGCUGAUACAACUUUGUGGAGUAAAACUUUAUGUUCCAUGUGAAACCUUUAAAAGGGUCAAAUUAGACACCUUUUUCGUAAGAUAAUAAAAACAAAAAAAUAUCCUGUAGACACUGAGAUCAGUCAGGCAAACAACCCACUUAAAGCUCUUGAAUGGUUCUCUCACACCUGCAACAAAAAUGGUGUGAUAGUUGUUGGUAUGUAUUGUUUGUUAUUGUUAUAUUGACACGAGUAGUAAUUGCCGAUUUUGUGACAGUAUGUAUUUGUGAUUACAAAUGACAUAUCAUACAGUUGGUGUCAGAAGUUUACAUACACUCAUGGACAUGAAUGUCAUGGUAAUUUUGAGUUUUUAAUGAUGUCCAUGAACUGUUGUUUAGCCAGAGUGGAAUGAUUGUACAGCAUACAUCAUUAAUUACUCUAAAAAAAAAAACAAGAAUUUGGUGCAGACGCUUGAAUUAAUUUUGGGCCAUCUCUAAUCCACACAGGGUCAAAAUUUACAAUAUUUGGUUAAAUGUCCCUUAGCAAGCUACACCUUGACCAGAUUCUUUUGUACUUUUCUAUCUGAGGGUGACAGUUUAGGUUUUCUUCCAGACUUUUGUAAAGUGGUGAUGCAUCUGACUAACUUGUACUCAUGUAGAGUUGCCUAAACUAAAUGACUCCAAGAGACCUUCACAACUUGCAUAAAUCAAUUCUUUACUAAGCUCCUUGGACUUUCCUGUUCUGGGUAUGGGUCAGUCCAAUGAGUGCUGUCAAACACAUCCUUUUUAUGCUGGCAAAGAGAAACUACAAAUUGUAAUCAAUCAUGAUCAGUAGCGAGUUAAGAGACCUUGCCACGGUAAGAUAUUGUAUAACCUUCAUCAUCACUUAUUAACAUUGGUGGGCACAGUUCUGCUAAUUCCCUAACCGCUAAUUGUCGAAGCUAACGUUUUGUUAACAGAUUAGCUUUUCAGCUAACUUCCAAAAACCAUCAGCGGACCAAUUAGC